AGAAGGAAGUGAACAUAUGGUUCAACUUCCGCUGCUACGAGAGAGAGAUUUUCUUGAAAAACGGUUUUGGCAGAACUCGCGGCCUCUUCUCCGCCAUCUCCCAACCAACAACCAUGGAUGAAGACCAAUGCUGCAGCAGCGGCGGAGGCCGCAGUAGCAGUGGCAGCAGCGACCACAGCAACUUCAACACUAUCACCACCACCACCAACAACAAAAACAGUGGUACUAGUACAAUUUACAGCGACGGAGGAGGAGGUUUCGUGGAGACGAGCAAAGCAGAGAGAGCAGUGUGGCUGAUGAAGUGCCCUCCCCUCGUCUCUCGCUGCUUGCAUCCUCCUUCCUUCUCUUCCUCCGAUUCCUCAUCUUCCUCCUCCUCCUCCUCCUCCCCCUCUUCUCCCCCUCUUCCUCGCUCAGAUCCUUCCCGCCCCGUUGCCAAGGUCGUUCUCUCCAUCGACCCGCUCCAUUCCCACGACGACGAUUCUUCUCCCCAGUUCACGAUGGAAUUGGCCGGCGCUGAAUCUAGAAAUGAACCGAAGUGUUACUCCAUGAAUAUGUCAACAGAUUUCGUUCCAAUGUCUGCCUUCUCAGAGUCACCCCAAGGAAGGAUAUGUGUGGAGGGGAAAAUAUUAAACAAAUUUGACAUGAAGCCUCGUGAUGAUGAUCUUGAGAGCUAUGGAAAACUCUGCCGUGAACGGACAACUAAAUAUAUGACCAAAAGUAGACAGAUACAGAUCAUAGGCAAUGACCGUGGAACACACAUGAGGCCUUUGCCAUGGAUGGAUAAGAAGAAAAUACCAGCAAAAGUACCAGACCUGAAGAGAACAAGACGGGACCGUGGUGAGAUGGAAGAUAUCAUGUUUAAGCUAUUUGAAAGGCAAUCAAAUUGGACCUUAAGACAACUGAUCCAAGAUACUGACCAACCUGAGCAAUUUCUGAAAGAUAUACUCAAGGACCUAUGCGUCUACAACAACAGAGGAACUAAUCAAGGAACAUACGAGCUCAAGCCCGAAUACAAAAGAUCAGCUGAGGAACCAGAUACUACUUCAUCAUAGUUUGUAAUUCGUAGGACAUUGAUUCACUUUCACCCUUGGCGCUGACAAUGAAUGGUUGCCCCUGUACAUCUCCACUAAUGCACCUCUGCUCUCCGAACAUUACUAUUUAUUGAUGAACUUUUAGCUUAUUGACUUUCUUUUAAUCUAGUAUUAUAAAAGAUGUCCUCCUCUACACAAGAAAUUGCACUACCCUCAUUAUCAUUUUUUUUUCU